UCCUGGGGGGCUGGAGCCGUCGGCUCUGCUCGCCCACGGAGGCUCUUGCUAGGACCUGACCGGACAGCUUGGGCGAACAGAUCUCUCAAGGAUGAGAUCUCCAUAAUUUCCUGUGGAAAAGUCUUCUCACAGUCUGAUGCCCUGUGUAUGCUGAUUCUCCUGUGACCUUGACAGGACUGGCAGUGACAGCUAAAACACUGCUUUACUUUGUCAACACUGAGAUUCACUUCUACAUUAUAAAACAAGUUCGAGGGUUGUCACUAUCUUCUACACCAGUGCAUCUGAUCUCUCCUGACAAAGGGGCAUGAGAUGGUUGUAUUCAUCUCGUGAAUACCCUGUUAGAGGUAUUUCAGCAGACACAGGCUGCUGAAACACAGGCUGUUCGCUUCUAUUCACCACACGUUUGACUUCUGAGGGAGGACAGCACUGCUUAGAAGAGCUUUUAAGAAAACACUGAAUUCCCUAGGACACUGAUUCCUAUUGUACUAGGUCAGCAUGUCUCCAGCUGUACUCUGAUUUCCAGUAAUAGACCUAGUCUUCCAAAUCAGUAAGUGAUUGCAGCCAAGACGCCUGCACCAUUACAUCAGGGGAAGCACCAGAAUGAAAAACAUGGACAAUAUCAAAACUGUAAAGAAAGAAUGGGUGUGUAAAUCAGGAACCGAUGAUCAGAUUUUGAACGGUACAGAACAAAACUGUGACUACUUUGUAGAUAACCUAUUUGAAGAAGCUCAGAAGGUUGGUGCUAUGUGUGUGCCCCCAGCUAAAGUCAAGAACCAGGUUGAUGUAAUCAUUAAACUUUGGAAAAAUGGGUUUACGGUAAAUGAUGGUGAACUUCGGAGCUACACUGAUGUUGCAAACCAGCAGUUCUUGGAGUCGGUUAAAAAGGGGGAACUGCCUUUUGAGCUGCAAAAGGCUUUUGAUAAGGAGGAAGUAGAAGUGAAAGUGGAAGAUAAAAAAGAUAAGGUGUAUUUGUCGUCAAAAAAGCCAAUGUUUCAUCCCUUUUCUGGACAUGGUUACAGAUUAGGAAGUGCUACUCCAAAGAUAAUUUCUAAAGUGAGAGAUGACCAUCCAGGACCUGAUGACAAAAGACACCUGCCUUUAGUACCCUUGAAUAAUUUGGAGCCUAUCACCAAUGUCCAGAUCUGGUUAGCUGAUGGGGAAAGGAUAAUUCAGAAAUUCAAUGUUUCUCACAGAAUCAGCCACGUCAGAGACUUCAUAACAAAGUAUCAAGGAUCUGAGGAAAGUGUUCCCUUCACACUGACGACCUCCCUGCCUUUUCGAGAGCUGCAGGAUGAGACGCUCACACUUGAGGAAGCAAAGUUGCAAAAUGCUGUUGUUGUUCAGAGACUUCGGAAAACAACUGAACCAUUCACACUCUUAGUGAUAAAAGCACCUGACAAUGACUACAAAACUGCUGCUACACCUAAUGGACAACUCAAGAAUGAGCAAAAAAAUGCUAUCAAUAGUACAAGAUCAAAUUAGCUUUCAACUGACCAAAAAUUAUCUGCAGGGUGAACUAGGCAAAACCAAAAAUGUAACCAGCAGUAUGUGGAUGCCCUCACAUCCUCAUGCACUGUGCUCUUAGAGAGCAGAAAGGGUGCUGUGCUGUCAUCUGCUGUAAUAGAGGUAUUUUCAGCUAAAUUGGGUGGUCAGAGCCUGGCUGUGUAAUGUAGCAGGUAACUACAGCAGAUCACCCUUAGAAUUUGCUUAGGUAAAAAGCUUCUUAGUUCUUUAAUAAGUGGGUCUAGGUGGAACAGUUCUCUGAGACUUAACUACUGAUAGCACCUUUUAAGGAAAAAUAGUAUUUAUUUUUGCACUUUGGACUGAAGUAAAAUGUUUCACUUAUAUUGUAGUGGAAACUGCUGCAGUUUGCAUUCUUCUCACAGUAACUUUUCAACAACCAAUACUGCAGGCGAGCUCACAUUUGAACUGUAACUUGAAAUCUUCAGGAUGCAACUUUUAUCACGAGAUCUGCAUUGUAAUAAUGUUCUGUCAAGUCUGCACAUGGUGGUAGGUGCAUGUGUGAGAAGAUACAAAUGAGGUAGUCUAGUGCAUACUACAUAUGAAGUGCCUCAAAGUAAGCUCUGAAGGAAUGGUUCUUAUCAAUGGUUGAAGUGGUUUCUGCUUCUUUUGGGCUGCUACGAGUGUCUUGCAGAUCAGGUGAUGUUAAACUACCUAGCUCAUUAGCGUAGGGACCCACUUGUGGCUUCAUCACACAGAAACUUCAGCUUUUUUUGGCUAUCAGCAAGCAGGAGUAGUAGUUUAGAGGGACACAGUUGUUUUUGUACUAUUCAUCUGCCUCUGUCCUGAACUGCUCAGCUGACGGAGACACUAAUUGCAUGUGGUCAAGUUUCAAAGAUGAUGUUGAAAAUCCUUACUUGAAAACUGAAGUUUUUCUCUCCACUUUACUCCAUUUCCAUCCAAAACCUUUUAUUUUGCUAUUCAUGUACUCAUGGCAUAAAGUUUGUAGCCAACUAUUCUGUCUUUUGCUAAAAGAGAAAAAAACCAUAAAGACUUAAUAUUUUGUACUGUGUUUACUAAGCGUGUGGGUUUGUGAAUGGAGCUAAAGUCUCCGAAUAAGACAUAUUCCAGAGUCUUCAGUAAGUCCUGAGUCCUCUGUGCUACCUGUGCCAAAGGAUGGUUGUUGGGGUUGUACUUCUUUUGUGUUUUCUUGGUUUUGUUCUAAAUAGAAAAUUAUUUAAUUGGAACAACUUGUAUUCUAAAAAGUAGUGAGACUUCAGACUAGGGUUGUGCUCUCCUUCAUUCCCAGGGAUAUAAGUUUAGCAUAUCUCAUGGUGUGUUUGAAAUGAAAUUCAACUGGGCAAAUAUCUAUUCAGUGUCCUCAGAAAGCAAAUCUCUAUCAACUAUGCCUUUAAACACUUUCCAGUGCUAUAAACCUCCAGUGCUACUGUGCCAUUCAGGUUCAUGUAGCAAGUGGUACACUUAAAUUUUCUUUGCUCUUGCUCUGACUCCCAUAUAAAAAACAAAAAUAAAUGUGCAGACAAAUCCAUUAGUAAAAUUGAAAAGACAAACCACCUACAGAUACAGCUCCAACCCUAAGUUCCCAGAGCUUCCUGAUCAGGGAAUUUUAUUAAUUAGUGCUUUCAAAUUUGUCUUAAUCUAAAACUUAGUAGUAAAAAGUACACGUGGUUGAUGGUGAGUUCAGUUGUUCUAUCUAAAAGGUGCAUGAAAUGUCAAAAGUAACAGUGUGCUACUAUUCAUGCAUUUGCAGCACAGAGAUUUGAAGAAAUUAAUAGUGUAAGAUUGAAAUUAAAGGGGGGAGUGUGAAAUUUUGAAGUAGGUAAAUCCAUUUUCCUUGCUAUCCUUUGGAAGGAGCGGUAAGUAUUUUGUAUGUCAGCAUUGAUUCAUGUCUGCUACCAGCAUUUUAAGAGAUUGGACAGCUUUACUAAAACCAACUGUCUGACUGUAGCUAUGGUGUACUUGAGUGUGCAUUUGCAGUUUGAAAGUGUCAAGAUAUUAAUUAAAAAUGAGGGAAAAUCUUUGAGAAGUGUCAAGUGAUGCUGGCUGCAUUAAUCCCAUGCUAGAUUAGAAGGUGCCUUUAAAAAUAGGCAACAAACUGAUUGAAUAACUUAUUUCCUAAUUUGGAGAAAAAAUUUGGAAUGAGAAGACUUUCCUAAAUCCAGUUGGUUUUGGUCAAGUUUGUAAAGACUGAUUAGUUACCUAAUUGUCUGUAGACAUCAAUUGUGCAUUGGUCAAAUAACAGUAUAACUGGCUUGAUCAGUGCUAGAAUUUGUGAAACACACAAGUACCAUCAGUUAUUCAUUGU